AAAUCGAUAGUAAAACGUCAAAAAGUAACAUAACCUCAAAGAUAUAGGCCAAUGUUUUUGUCAUUUUGAUUUUUGAUUAUAAAUUCAACAAUUUCAACAUUUUGUUCAAGUUUUACAUUUUUUCACUAUGUUGUGUUAUACCUAAAUUGAUCAAUGUAACUAUUGGUUCAUUAAAUUAAAAGUUCAUUUCAAGUUAUAAGAAUUUUCAAAAUGGGCUCUUCGGGGCAGACCGACGUGUGGAAAGCUUUAGAGGAAGAUGAGUUCCUUUCUACGUUCCUAGACAAGUCCAGCACGAAAAGUCAAGCUAUUCAGCAAACCCUAGUUGUCUCUGAGCAGUUGGCUCGACUAACUCAUGGGAUAACACUUUUGGAAAAGGAAUUGCAGCAGCAAGUUUUGGAGAAUCAUGACCAGCUUGUCACUCAAGCCACGUGGGUUGAUAAACUGGAAACAAUUCUGUCAGAUCUGCAGAGCCACACACAGCGUUUGUUGUCGUCAGUGGAACGCCUGCGUGGCAAAGUGAUCGAGCCGUUUAACAAACUGGAAACGCAAACCGUGAUGUUGGCCAGACUGCACGCCACUUCUGACCUUCUGCGCAGGACUGCGCGCAUCCAGCAGUUGGCCAAACGGUUGCCCAGCCUGGAGCCAGUCAGGGCUGCCGCCACUAUUAGCGAAUUAGAUGAACUGUGCUGUGAUGUGGACCUAUCAGGCCUUCAGAUAUUGGAGGAUGAUCAACGCCUGAUCAGAAGUGAGACAGCCAGAGUUGAGAAAGAGGGACAGCAAAUGCUGAAUCAAGGGCUGCGAUCUUUGAAUCAAGCCCAGGUGAGCAGUGCAAUCCAGGUUUUCAGAAAUCUUGGCAUUCUGGAGAGAGAGAUGAAUAUGCUCCUCGAUAAAUCUUUGAAUAAAGUCCAACAGAAUGCUGAGAAAGCUUUGGAUAUUCAGAACUACAAUCCUACCGAACGACUCAGUAAAUCAAAAGGGGGACCAGGUCGUGCUACAGGAAGCAUGUAUCCCGGAAAUGUAUCCAAUUUCAGAAACACUCUUUGGACUGCCUGGGAAAAUGUACUCUACCAAGUUGUGCAUUCUCAUGCUACACAGUUAGCGCUCAUUCAAACGGUUUUGUGCAAGAAGAGCAAUCCACUAUCUUUGAUCAGUGACCCACAAGAUGAGAAAAAUUCCGAGAUUGCCACGAUUUUCUGGUCACAUGUGAAUGACCUGCUCUCCAGUAAACUGUCCAAGGCUGCUGAGAGUUCGUCCUUUAUCAAGCAGGCUCUGGAAGGUGAAUACCCGAAGCUGCUGCGUUUGCAUCUCGAUUUGCAUAAGAAGCUCCAAGCCGAGCCACUCACUGCUAAUAUUUUUGCUGAUGCAGGAAGAUGCGGACACCAGUUUGAAACGGCUUAUCUGUCAAAAUCGGUUGCCCGUCUCCUGGACUCAGUACACAGUAUGUUCGCCAAUGAGAAUCCACCCACCACUGAAGAUGUUGAUGCUCUAAUACGCACAGUCACCAAUGAAUUGAGUGUCUCACUGAUAGAGGAAGCACUGAGCCUGACUGUGGCUCGGAAUAUUGGCAAGGCUGUGAGGCUGUUCUGUUUAAAGGGCGAACAGAUGCUGUCUGUGAGAGGGGAAGCCACUCAAGUUAUAGAACCGCCAACGGCAGGCCAACAGCUGAACGUGAGCGUGGCGAACAUGGCGUUCUAUCUGAGCACUCAGGUGCGCCGAGUCGGCUCCAACAUGGCGGCCACCCUGGCGCCGACCGCUCAGGCCGAGCUCACCAAGGCACUCGGCAACGCCGACCACUUGACUCGGCUCAUCAUCAACCCACUCGUCGAGUCUAUCAACGACGCCAUCGAGUGCAUUGUGCUCACCAUGCAUCACGAGGACUUUAAUAUAUCAGAAAACACUUCUGGAUGUUCGUUGUACAUGAAAGAGUUGACUGCGUUUAUUUCUCGAGUAGCCAGCAACUAUUUGGCUCCUUUUCAUCACCAGCAGAUUGUUACACAGAGCUGUUUCGAAAUUGCAUCAAGGUGCAUUGAGCUAUUCCUGAGGCAUAUCAGCCUAAUAAGACCGGUCAGUGAUGCUGGGAGAACGAAGAUUAUCGGCGAUUUCAAACAGUUGGAAACUGCUCUGUCGCCGCUAUGCAAACAGCUGACCGAGUUAGGUCGCAUCUACAAAGUGCUGCGCGCAUUUCGUCCGCUAGUGUCGGCCUCACCGCAAGAGGUCGCUGACUGUCCGCUGCUGGGUGACCUGGUGCCUCACAGUCUGGCGCUCACCUCGCUCUUCAGCCGCGCACCUCACGAACUGCCCUCGCCUCAUCAGAGCGCGAACUGGUCGAUAGACCGGUUGUCGCAGUGGCUCGACUCGCACAAAGACGAGAAGCAGCGACUGGAGCUGCUGAGUGGAGCUUUGCAGAAGUAUCAGCAGACAGUGCGUCAGCAGAAUCAGCAGAGCUUCCAUCCGGUCUACCCUAUUCUCAUGCAAAUAUUGGAGAAGGGCUUUCAGUUCACCUCCUCCAAAAAGACGUGAUGAACAAUUUCUAAAAGAUGGUUAAAGCAUCGAAUACGUUGAAAAUAAUGAAUUACGGUACUAGCUCAUGACUUCGAAAAAAAUGUUAAUCACUUUUUAAAAGAUGAUUAAGCAUCUAAUAUAUUGAGAGUGAUGAAUUAAAAGAUACUUAUAAUUUCAUUUUUCAAAUAUUGAGAAACUUUAUUAGUGAAGUUCAUGUUCAAAAACAGACGAUGAUUGUCAACCGCUGCUUUAUAUGUUUAAGAAUGGUUGACAACUUCUCGUCUGUUUUAAUAAAUUAUAAAGAAAAGUCACAAUAUAUCACUACAUGUAUAGUUCAUGUUUUAAUAGAAUUUAGAUUGAUAAAAAAUUAGUUCUAAAGUCUGUGCAAACCUCAGUUUGAAGCAUUGCUCUGCAGUGCUGCCAGAUUUCACAGAAUCCAGAAUGCCUGUGUGAGAGCCUAAUUGUGUGAGAGAAAGAAUGAAAAAGAGAGCGUAGGCCUUUUUAAUAGAUUAUAGAGCAUAUUAUACAGCAUAAAAACGGCAGAUUUGUGCUCCUAUUGUUAUAUUGGAAUAAUAUUGGCCAUAAAGCCCCGUGCUGCAAAAUAAGGUUUGCACGGACUAGACAAGUCAACACUGCAUAUUUAUUGAUUCACUUAUGUAUUUAAUAUAUGUUUGAAAAGAAAGUAUAUAUGUUAAACAAUA